UGCACGAGCUUUCACUAAGGGAACGACCUGCAGCACACCCGUGGGCGCGGAGCGAGGACCACAGGCGCCUCCCGCCGCGCGCGUCCAGGGGCCAUGAGUGAUGGCGAGGGCGACGAUGACGACAAGCGAGCGUCAAAGAAGCGCAAGGCCACCCGCGCCUGCGACCGCUGCAACUCGCAGCACCAGCCCUGCGACAACUCGCUGCCAAAGUGCAGCGUCUGCGAGCGCGCGGGCACAGAGUGCACCUACGACCGGCCCAUCCGCAAGAGAGGUCCGCGCGUCGGCUACACGAGCCAGAACGGAGAGCGCCUCUGGAGUGUAGUCCUCAAGGCCCGGCCAGAGAUUGAGGAUCUCGUCCUCCAGCUCCUCCGCGACGGCACGUACGGGGACACCGGAGUGCCCAACGCCAAGUUCAUCAAGAACAACGACAACCAGACUGAGCUUGUGAACUACUUCAACGAGAGCCGGAUAGGCAGGUUCCUGCAGAGUGGUGACUCGGAAGAUCUGCAAAUCCCGCCUCCAGAGCAGAAAUUUGCAAUCGUACCAGCAGAGCGGCUCCAGGCAUACGAGAAUGGCCAGUCAAGUCAGCGGAACGGAGGACUGCUCACGGACCCGUCUAGAGCCUCUGGCCCUCACGGUGCGCCACAGAACCCCGGGGACAUCUAUUAUCAGAGCGAUGACAUCGGAAGGAGAAAGAUCCAAGUUUCCGCCAGGCCAGCAGCAGAGACUGCGUCAAUCAGCAGCUAUUCGCCGGAAGUCAGCUCACAAAGCGCCACGAGGACGGAAACGCCGAGCAAGUAUGUACAGGCUGAAACCAACAGCUGGAAAGAGGUUGAUCCCUCCAGCUAUCUCGAUCCUCCCAACAGCAGACGGAACGUGGCGAGUUCCGAGCCGGCGGCCAUGUCCAGAAAUGACAGCCGCUCAACCAGUACCGGAUAUACUCCUGCAACCUUUGACAUUGGCAGCAUGGAGAUAUCGCAUUGGUACGCGUUCGACCCCAUUCCGACCGAAACGCUGCUCAACCUCGGCUUUGACGGAGGGGAAUCCAUGGCUCAGGACUGGUUCGAGCUGUGCGAGAACCCCGACCCUGUGGAGAAGCCGACAGUGUCGCCGACAGCGACCACGACCAGCCAUGGCGAGGACGAGGAGGAAGUGUGGCGGCGCCUCGUCAUGCGUGGUCGCUUUAUGUAAUGCCCGCCGCCAUCUGCGCCUGUUCGGACUUGUGUUCAACACAGCCCUCUCAGAGCCCUAGAACAUGUUUUCUGCCAUGUAUGAGCCCACGAUAAACCACUUGUAGGAUGGAAGCAGGCAGCUUUAGACGAAGCACGGCGCAGGAGCCGUCAAUUCGCAGCAGCGCUUGAGCGCCCUACGGCGAACACGCUUUAUCCUCGUGCGACAUGUCCUCAGCGAUCUAUGACAACCACUCU